AACCAGCUUCUUUAGACACUGGCCCUCAGCAUAGAUCCAACCCUAUUUAAGUGCAAUGCUUGGCAUCACUCUCAGGGCUGACCCCUAACAUCCAAUCGACUGCUGAACAGCCUCCCCACGACAAACCUCAAUUGACGUCUCACUCACACGCUCAACACCAAUGAAAAUAGCCCAACCCUCGGCUACAGCUCGUACCCUGAGGUAAUGUGCCCUCCGUCCUUCUGCAAGGUGUCACCUGGCCCCGUGCCGCACUAAUCCCGCCUCCGCAUUCACUGCAACCACCCACGGUUCGCCUCUUAACUCAACCGCAUUGAUCGCACCACGACGUCAUGCAAUCCGUUGCAUCUUCAUUGUUUCGAUUUCCCCGCCUUACUUAAAUCCCACAUUGACCCCAGAUUCUACACGACUGUAUUCAACCUAUCCAAUGCAGCCUUAGUAUACUCCCUGAACAAUCACCUAUCAAUUACAACCCCACAAUCUCAGAAAAAUGGAAUCCAACCCCCGCAAGCUCUCCGGAUCCUACCACCUCACCGGCGCGGACAUCGUCGAAUCGAUCGACGAUCUCGGCUCGGACGGCCGAUGGGAGGAGCUGACCGCCAAGCGCGCGGCCCACCAGACCGCCGCCGCCGACAUGCCGCAGGGCAGCGAGCGCACCGGCUUCACCAGUAAUAAGGUGCCCGAUCGGGCGCAGUCGUUCCGGCCGUACGAUCCGAAGGGGCCGAUGGGCACCGAGCAAAGCGAGGAUAUUCAUCCCCAUGAGUAAUCCGCUGGUGGCCGGGUACGGAGCGUCGCGUUAUGUCAAUUUAGGCAAUGAUAUGUGAAUGCUGUCUUUGAAGGAUGAGUUGUGUGCAAGGUUGCGCUUGUUGAAUACUGUAUUGUUCAUUCGGCUCGGAUAAUCUUCGUGACAAGCAUCCCAUCCCGCACCCGCCCUAUGAGAUAGUGCACAUCAUACGACAAACGCAACACACUGAGAUCCUACCACAGCUACAGAAGUAAUCCUCAAGUAGAUC